GUUGUACUCAGCGGUACAACCCAUGGCGCUCUAGAUCCGCCGCUACUAUUCACCUUUCCCAUCUUUGCCGAUAAGCCACGAUGUCGUUUUGACUUGUCAAGAGCAGGGCAAUUUCUCGCAGAGCAGUUGUUAUCAACAGGUCACAACUAUGCCUUUAAGCUCAAACCCAAUCCUCACAACAUAUUUCUCUCUCCUCUGCCUCUCGUUCUUGCGCUUCCUCUUUUCAAAGUUUAACAAUAAUAAUAUAUUAUCCCAUGUCAAAGUCUCCUACUUUUUAGAUGGUUGGCAUAUUCAAUUCAUUGUUAUUUAGCCGUCAACCACAAUUCGCCUUUUGCUUCACCUAACUCAGAACUACUACUCAAAACUCUCAGCCUUCCUUUGGCUAAUUUGCUACUCAAACUCAACUGAAAUAUUUGCCUCCGGGGCUCAAAAGCCUCUGUACUCGGGACCCCUUAAAAAGGCACUCGCUUUCGUUCGAGAUAUUCGAGAUCAGAUGGCAAUCUUGAAUGAACCCAUCUCCAAUUCAGGGAUAUCUGCCCCUAAUUCUCACGGCGCCGUGGUUCUUGGGGGCACCUUUGAUCGCUUACACGACGGUCAUCGCCAGUUCCUUAAGGCAGCUGCAGAGUUGGCCCGGAAUCGGAUUGUCAUUGGCGUUUGUGACGGCCCCAUGUUGAUUAAAAAGCAGUAUGCUGACUUGAUAGAGCCUAUUGAACAAAGAAUGAAGAACGUUGAAGAUUAUAUCAAGUCUAUAAAACCGGAGCUGGUGGUGCAAGCGGAACCUAUAGUGGAUCCUUAUGGCCCUUCAAUAGUUGAUGAGAAUUUGGAGGCCAUUGUUGUCAGCAAGGAGACAAUACCUGGUGGACUUUCAGUUAACAGGAAGAGAGCUGAAAGAGGCCUUUCGCAACUAAAGAUUGAAGUUGUUGAUCUGGUCUCCGAAGAAUCUAGUGGAGACAAGCUGAGCUCCACGGCAUUGAGGAAGCUUGAGGCUGAUAAGAUCAAGAAAAGUUCGGUCUUGGGAGAGAUUGAUGUGAUUAAGAUGAAUGAUCUAAUGACGAAGUCGUUUCUAAGUUAUGUUGAAUUGAAGAAACAAGCCCGGAUGGAUAUUGAAGCCGAGAAUGAUAUUGACAUAGAAAAUGGCCAAGUUUGCCGGAUUGACGCAGAUAAUACUAAUCUUUCUCAAUUCUUUCAAGAAGUCCAAGUAAUUAAGGGUGAUAUGGAAGAGAUCACUAAUCUCUUAAUUGAUCUUCAAGGUUUGAAUGAAGAGUCAAAGAUCACCCACAGUGCCAAAAUUCUUAGAGGGCUUCGAGAUCGGAUGGAUUCUGACAUGGUUGCUGUUCUUCGUAAAGCCAAGAUUGUCAAGGCAAGACUUGAAGCACUGGAUAAAUCAAAUAAGGCCAACCGGAAGAUUUCAGUAGAGUAUGCAGAAGGCAGUGCUGUUGAUCGAAUCAGAAUGGCAACUACUAAUGGAUUAAGGGUCAAGCUUAGGGACAUUAUGUGUGAGUUUCAAGAUUUGAGGGAUACCAUUCUCUCAGAUUACAAAGAUAGUCUUAGGAGAAGGUACUAUAAUGCUACUGGUGAGGUACCAAGUGAAGAAGUGAUUGAAAAGAUGGUAUCUGGAAAUGGGAAAAUUGAAAAUGUUGAAGGAAAGAUGGAAUUAAAUCUGGAGAACAAAGAGAGGCAUGAAGCUGUGAUGGAUAUUCAAAGAAGUUUGAACAAGCUUCAUCAAGUGUUUCUUGAUAUGGCUGUUCUGGUUGAGGCUCAAGGUGAGCAGGUUGAUGAUAUUGAGCACAAUGUUGCCGUUGCUGGAAGCUUUGUCAGUGGUGGAACCAAUAGUCUCUUUUAUGCUAAGCAGAUGAAGAAAAAGGGUAACAAGUGGAUUUUAUGGGUGCUGGCUGUGGGACUGAUCAUCUUGCUGGUGUGCUUAAUUGCCCUAUUGACUUCCUGA